AUGAUGCGCUCAAGUCCACCGUUGCUCAACUCGUCGUUCGAUCACCCCGACGGCCGCAUCGACUCCCCCGCCUCACCACCGUCCCCUUCGUCCUAUGCGAGCCCAACCGCGACCCUGUCUCGCAUCGGAUCCGGUCGAGCUCGUGGUCCGCCCGCACGAUCGCAAACGUACGACGAUCACUACUACCUCGGCCCCGGAGCUCCCUCGGCCCAGUCGAGGGGGUACGGCCCCGCCUCUCCGCUGUCGUUGAUCGCAACAGGUUCCGAGAGUCCGACCACAUCCAUUCACUCGAACCGGACGUUCGAUGCCGGCACCAUAGGCGGGGGGUGGCCCUCGCAGUCACGACGCAACGUCGAAUCCGGCGCAUACCUCGAGCCCAGCCCCGGUGGCACCAGCGGCGGCGCCCCGGCCCCGUCCUCGUCUUCGUCCUCGUCCUCGUCGCUCGGCCUGUUGACCGACCCUCUCCCUCUGGGCUCGUACACUCAACAUCAACAAUCGCUAUGGGGCCAGGCUCAAAUACACCCCUCACAUUACGCUUCGUCAUUGCACUCGCCCCGUGAUUACGCCCGUGAGUCGUCAUUGUUCAUCGUAUGCUCCUCUCUCUUCCCUUCCCGUUACCACCCCCACGUCCACGCCCUCCUCCCCGUCCCGCUUGCUCGCGUGACCAGGUGUGGGAUCGAUUCCAGCACGGGUCUGCUUUUCAGCCUUUGGGGGUGCACAGUAUCCCUACUCCUGUGCGCCCCAAUUGUCAUUCGAUUUCAUGAUGGGCUGCACCGUCCUCAGAACCUGUCGCUGACUUUCCACCUUUUGACACCGUGCACUUGCCCGUUGGCCAUGCUCUCCUGUCCCAUCAUCGCAGAUCUUCCACCACCACGAAGUAUAGGCCUCUACAACCAACAAAAUCACUCUUCUCCUGCUCUGGCCGUCAACUCGCGUCUGUCGGCGGGUAGUGAGCCCGCUGCACCGUCGCUGGACGACAUAAAUCUCGGCCUCGAGAGCAUGUCGUUCGAGCAACGCGAGCAGCGCCAUUCGGCCGGUGGGAACGGCCUGACGUAUCGAAUGGACCCAGGGCGAUCUCAUACCCCUGGACAGGACGGAGCGAUGGAGAUCAGAGGCCGGCAAGGCACAGCGAGCGUCUACUCGGUCGAUUCGAUGUACUCGAUCGGUUCCGGUCAGGCCGGGCCAGCAGGUCCCGCACUCUCGCACAAUCGGCGCACGUCCAACAACUCGAUGCGGCAGAGCUUCGGGGCCGUCGGAGCCGAGCAUUUGCGGGGAUCACAGGCCUCGAGCGCUCCCCUCGAAGACGAGUUGGGUGCGCUUCCCUUUGAUGACCACUACCGCGAGGUCCCGCAACACAUACAGCACCCACCACAGGGCUCGCCCCAUCCCUCCUCGCAGUACUCGGACUAUCACGCUGCCAGUGGUCCACCACCUGCGUCCCCCUACGCCGAUGGCUCGGUCUACGGCCCCAUGCCUCAGCUGCAACAUCAAACAUCGUACGCUUCGAGUGCGUAUGGAUCCGAAGCGUCGUACCAACCGGGCGCCCCUCAUUUCUCUCCUCAGCCUCCUCACGGCUCAUGGGGCUACGACCAAGCCGGACAAGUGGCAGCACAGAACCCCUACUAUGCGGCUCAGUUUGGUGGGGCUUACCCGCAGCAGAAUGAUCCGUCCGUGUGGGGUCAACACCUCUCGCUGAACAGGCAGCCUUCGACGAUGUCGAGUGCGUCGAUGAUGAUGUAUGGGAACCCUGGGGGUGCACCAUCGGGUCGACCCGGGUCGUCGCUCUCCGUUCCAUCGGCACAGCCUCGCAUGGCACGCAAGGGCACGGGUUCGUCGACGGGCAGUGGCGCGUCGAACAACUCGGGGCCACCCAUCACGAAAGCCUCAGUUGACGAGUACCGACAGCGCAUCAAGGCCGACCCGGAUCCGGAAGCGCAGUUCAACUUUGCCAAGUACCUGAUCGAAGCGGCCAAGAAGAUCAACUCGUCGGCCCACGGCGACGAAAAGUCGGCCAAAAAGUACCGCGAUGCUCUGCUCGCCGAAUCGCUCAAGCUGAUCAAACGCUUGGCGACGCAGGGUUCCGGGGUGGGCAAGCCUGCGUACGCGGACGCCCAAUUCUUCCUCGCGAACUGCCUGGGCAACGGCUCGCUGGGCCUACAGGUCGACCACGAAAAGGCCUACAAUCUCUACGUCCAGGCUUCAAAGCAGAACCACUCCUCGGCGACGUAUCGCACGGCGGUCUGCAACGAGGUCGGCGCUGGCACUAGAAGGGACCAUGCGCGUGCCGUGCUGUUCUACCGCAAGGCCUCGGCCCUGGGCGACACGGCGGGGAUGUACAAGCUCGGCAUGAUCUUGCUCAAUGGCUUGCUGGGCCAGCAACGUAACCCUAAAGAAGCGGUUAACUGGCUCAAACGAGCGGCAUCCCAAGCCGACGAGGACAACCCGCAUGCGUUGCAUGAGCUCGGUCUGCUGUACGAGAAGCCGCCGCCGCCGGUGCAACCGACCGGCCCGAAUGGAGGUCCUCCGACCGCAGUGAUCCCACAUGAUCCAGCGCAGGCCCGGGAACUGUUCACACAGGCUGGUCAGCUCGGAUACCCGCCUUCGCAGUUCAAGUUGGGCAGUUGCUACGAGUACGGCUCGUUAACGUGCCCCGUCGAUCCGAGGCGCUCGAUCGCGUGGUACACGCGCGCCGCCGAACGAGGCGACGCCGAGUCCGAGCUCGCACUGUCGGGAUGGUACUUGACCGGAUCGGAAGGCGUGCUGAAGCAGAGUGACUCUGAGGCGUACCUGUGGGCGCGGAGAGCAGCGAACAAGGGAUUGCCCAAGGCCGAGUACGCGGUCGGGUUCUACUCGGAAGUUGGGAUUGGCGUCAAGCAGGAUCUUGAAGAAGCCAAGAGGUGGUACAUGCGGUCCGCAGGUACGUCUUGGUGCUCGGUGUGAGUCAACGAUGGGUCAAGAGCUGAUCAGCUUCGUAAACACUCCUCUACACAGCUCAAGGCAACAAGCGAGCGAUGCAACGCUUGACGGAAUUGAAGAAGCUCGGCGCGACGCGAGCCGGGGUCAAAGGCGGCAAGGGCCAACAAGCUCGACCAACUCGCCAAGAAGCGGCGACGGAAUGCAUCGUCAUGUAG